AUGACACGAACGACGCUGCUCGACCGAGAUUGUGUGGUGACUGACCGAGGCGGCAUUAUCGAAAACACCCAUGGUGUACACAUCGCUGUAACCGACAUAAAAGGGAACGUCCUCUAUUCAGCUGGAAACCCUUCUCGAAUGACUCUUUCUCGAUCAGCAGCCAAACCUGCUCAGACUGUGGCCAUCAUCGAGACCGGCGCAGUUGAAAAAUUUGGAUUUGAUGAUGUUGAUUUGGCCCUUAUGUGUGCCUCUCACAACAGUGAGGACUUUCACAUCGUGCGCGCCAAGAAUAUGCUCAGCAAGAUCAAAGCCGAAGAAAAGGAUCUUCAAUGCGGCGGUCAUCCUGCGGUCUCAGAGGAAGUGAAUCGAGGAUGGAUCAAAGCUGGAUUUGAACCAACGGGCAUCUGUAACAAUUGUUCUGGCAAACAUGUUGCCAUGAUGGCAGGCGCCGAGGCAUUAGGCGCCGAGGUUCUCAACUACCACCAAUUCGAUCACCCCAUGCAACUUGAAGUCAAGAGAGUUGUAGAGGAACUGUCUCUCGACCCGAAACAAGUUGGAUGGGGCGUUGAUGGAUGCAACCUCCCAGCGCCAGCAUAUCCUCUUUACGACUUGGCCAACAGUUUUGCAAUCUUUGCAGAAGCAGCCGACGUUGUCAAAAACUAUGGGUCAACAACACAAAGAACUCACAACCUGGCACGCGUUUUCGAUGCCAUGACACAAUAUCCAGAGCAAGUCGGCGGAACGGGACGUUUCUGCACCGUGCUCAUGCAGAGCUACAAGGGGCAGUUGUUCGGCAAGGUUGGUGCCGAUGCUUGUUACGGAGUCGGUAUUCGAGGAUCUGCAGACACUCGACGUCUUGGGUCAACGAGCGCACUUGGUAUAGCUGUCAAGGUCGAGGAUGGAAACCUCGAGAUUCUAUACGCAGUAGUUGCUGAAGUUCUCGAACAGCUAGGAAUCGGGACGGCAGAGCAGAGGGCGAAGCUCGAUGGUUUUCACCACCUGAAGAGGAAGAACACGAUGAAUGUUGUCACGGGACUGGUCAAGUUUAAUUUCCAGCUACUCCCUGAUGCAGUAGCAUAA